CUAGCAUUAACAUAUUAAAAAUUAAUAUCAGUCGAAAAGAAACACAAACCCAUCGAUAGAAACGAUAAUUUUAUGUAUGGUCUUAUUUAGCACAUUUGAAACGAAAUGUUGUUCAGUUUGUUUUAAGCAAUCGCGUGGUUAACAAGUGGAGAAAAGUAUCAAAAAGAAGAGAGUUUUAAGUUGGAAUUUUAAUAUUGCGACACAAUUUUAUAGACAGUGAUAACAGAAACAGCUUACUGGAACAUUGUGAAACAUGGAUGAUGAAAAAUUUGUUGAUAUAAACAGCAAUUGUGACGCUGGUGAUGAACGUUUUGUGGAAUUACGAGACUUUUUUAUGAAGGAGUUUUGUAAGCGACCUGAAUUUUUCGUAAAAGUUCCAGGACGUGUAAAUCUGAUUGGUGAACAUGUCGAUUAUUCUGGAUUUCCAGUCUUGCCAAUGGCAAUUUCUCAAAACAUUCUGUGUGCUGUAUGUCAAAAUGAUGACGACAUCAUUCAAUUAAAAAACAUUCAGUCUAAAUACAAGGGAUUUAAAUGUAGUAUUAAUCAUAUCAAGAUUGAUGUUCCAGCAAAAGGAACAUAUCCUGCUUGGCAUAACUAUUUCUUGUGUGGAAUACAGGGAAUCAUUGAAUAUCUCCAGAAAAUUGGAGAAACACCAAGGAAGGGAUUCUCGGUUGCUGUUAGUGGAAAUAUUCCACCGGCAUCUGGUUUAAGCAGUUCCUCUGCACUUGUUUGCUCAGCAACUUUGACCACGGCUUUUAUAAAUGACGUGCCAUUAAAUAAACAGUUACUUGCUACGCUUUCAGCAUCUUGUGAACGAUAUAUUGGCACGCAAGGUGGUGGCAUGGAUCAAGCUAUAGCAUUCUUAGCUAAAAAAGGAUGUGCUCAAUAUAUUGAAUUUAAUCCAGUAAGAGCAACGCCAGUAAAAUUACCAGAAGAUUCAGUCUUUGUCAUAGCUAAUUCCUUAUCGGAAGCAAAUAAGGCAGCAACAAGUGAUUUCAAUCAACGAGUUGUAGAGUGUAAAAUAGCCACAAAACUUCUAGCUAAGCUGACAGACCGUCCAUGGCAAGAUGUUGAAAAAAUGAUUCAAUUACAGUCAGAAAUACUCGAUGUUGAGUAUGAAGAAUUUGAGAAUCUUGUAAAGAAGCAUUUAACUAAGGAUGUAUACACAAAGGCAGAAUUAAUGGAUAUUUUCCAUCUCAAAGAGCACGAAUUUAAUGAGAAAAUGCUCACAACAAACACGAAAGAUGCAAAGGAAUUUAAACUUCGCCAGCGAGCUCUUCACGUUAUUCAAGAGUGCAUUCGUGUUGAUCACUUCUGUAAAAUUGCUAAUCAAACUGACGAAGACGAUGAAGAAGACGCAAUUGACCAAUUAUCAGAACUACUUACUAAGUCACAUAAUAGCUUAAAGACGCUUUAUGAAUGCAGCCAUCCAAAUCUUGAUGAACUUGUCAAUAUUUCCAAAUCAUUCGGUGUUGGAGCUCGUUUGACAGGCGCUGGAUGGGGUGGAUGCAUUGUUGGAUUAACAGACUCUAUAUCAACAUGUGAUAAAUAUAUUGCAACUUUAAGUGAUUCUUAUUAUGAUAAAAUACCGCAUAGUAAAAAUUUUGAUCUCAACGAAGUCGUUUUCGCUACGGAACCACAAAACGGAGCUGAAAUUUUCAUCGCUGAAUUUUCUUAA